AUGGCUAGCCCCGCCGCAGGUCGAGAUGUCCCAAACGCUCCGACGCGGGACGAGUCGCUGGAGCCAAGCCAUCCCGAACCAGCCUGUCAGGAAGCCCAGAAAUGGAUAGAGGCUGUAACUGGGAAGAGCUUUGGAGACAAGGACUUCCGCAGUGCACUGGAGAAUGGCAUCCUGUUAUGCGAGCUGCUGAGUGCAAUCAAACCAGGGUUGGUCAAGAAGAUCAACAGACUGCCCACCCCCAUUGCUGGGCUGGACAACCUGUCAGUCUUCCUGCGGGGCUGUGAGGAGUUGGGCCUGAGGGGCUCCCAGCUGUUUGACCCCGGGGACUUGCAGGACACUUCUAUACGAGCAAACCUCAAGGACUCCGACUGCAACCGCAAACUAAAAAAUGUGCUGAACACAGUGUUCUGGCUGGGGAAGGCUGCCAGCGGAUGCGCCUCCUACACUGGCCCUAAUCUCAACCUCAAGGAGUUUGAAGGGCUUCUUGCUCAAAUGAAGAUGGAGAGUGAUGAAGGAGGUGACAGUCCACAGAAACGCAGUGUUAGAGACAGCGGCUAUGACUGCUGGGACUCUGAGAGGAGUGAGUCUCUUUCCCCACCACGACACACUCGUGACAACUCCCUUGACAGUCUGGACUCUUUUGGCUCCCGCUCACAGCACAGUCCGUCUCCAGAUGUGGUGAAUCGUGGCAACAGUGACGGGCGAGGCAGUGACUCGGAGGCUGAUGCCCCCAGCAGGAAGCCAGAUGUGCGGAAGGAUGACAUGUUGGCCAGGCGGACCGCCAGCAGUGAAUCAAGAAGCUCCAUCCCCUUCAACCAGUUUCUUCCUAACCGGACCAACGCCAGCUCCUACAUCCCCACUCCACGGCGAAAACCGCAUGCAGAGGAGGGAGAGCAGCGGAGGAUGAGCCGGCGAGUUGCUUUUAUGUCUGAGGACACAGAGAGUGUGAGUAUGAGUGACAUACUUAACGAGGAAGAGGUGGGACACUUACCUCCACUGAGCCAGUCACGAUAUGAGCGCAUGCAUGAACAGUACAACAGCUUUCAGGAAGAUGAGGACCACUGGCAAAAUGACUUGGCACGCUGGAAGAAUCGCCGUCGCAGCGCGUCACAGGAGCUGAUCAAGAAAGAGGAAGAGAGGAAGAGGAUGGAAAAAAGGAUGAAGCAGGAGGGAAGUGACGGCAACAAGAGGAAAAGCAUUAAGACAUACAAAGAGAUUGUGGAGGAGAAGGAGCGUAGAGAAGCAGAGUUGUGUGAAGCUUACAGGAAUGCAGCGACACCAGAGGAGGCAGCCAUGGUUUUACAGCGUUACGCUCUCCGCUUCACCAUCAGCGACGCAACACUGGACAGCCUAAAACUACCCAGAUCCACCUCAAAACCCAAAUCAGACCUAAAUCGGGUGGACAAAGAGCACAAACCCUCACCACCUAUUCAUGACUCUGAAACAUCAGAACCUCUGCACAAACCAGAGCCAGCUGCUAUAACAGAACCGAAGCACUCAAAACCUGAGGAGAUGGAGACAGAGACCACUGUUCAACAAGAGUCACAAGUUUCACCAGUCAACAGUCCCCCCACCACAGUCACAAGCUCAGAAAAUAUACCACCUCAGUCAUUAGAACUUGAUGAACCUCAAUCCAAACCCACAGAGUCUCCAACCACAUAUCAGAAACAACCGAUUACAGGAAAUGCACAGCCUCAGACCGAGCACACAGCGUCUCAGAUUGCACAUGUGCAGCCUCACACCACACAGCCACCACACACACUCCCCUCCCCUCCAUCUGUAACCUCCAGACCCGUCCCCCUCCUGGCAGCCAAGCCCUACUGCCAGCCCAGGAGCACACCGUCUGGACACAAACCUGUCAAGAUGGAUGGAUUGGUGCGAGUGAAUGGAGAGGUGACAGAGGAUUUACCUGUUUCCACUACACCUGCCCCCCCUCAGCUCUUGCCACAGGAGAUUAAAGAUGUGACUCCCAAACAGACGGACAAAGACAUUACCCCCAAACAGACGGACAAAGACCAGGAGACGACAGAGCACCCACCACCUCUGCAGACAGAGAACUCAACCCUCUCCUCAGGCUCUGCCAUCAGCUCCUUGAUUGGAGGCCGAAACUGUAUCAUCACAACAACUAUUGUUACAGAGCUCACGCAGACUCUGGUGGAGCCUCAUCACUCGGAUAUCCAAAGCAAUGCACAGGUCAAUGGUACCACAGGUUUGUUUGGGACACCAGCGCAGGAAAAAAAGGCUCAGUCGGCUCCAUCACCCAGCAGCAUGCAAGAAUAUUCUCCCACUGUCACAGAGGGCCUUGAGGAGAGCAGUGUGACUGUGAGUAUCUCAGGGCAGUUCCAGCUUAUUGAGACCCCCAUGUUGAACUUGGCUAAACGUGUUAAUCACUGGGUCUGGGACCCCAAUGAGGAGCGUAAACGCCAGGAAAGGUGGCAACAGGAGCAGGAGCGCCUCCUACAGGAGCAAUACCAGAGAGAACAGGAGAAGCUGAAGAAGGAGUGGGAAAAAGCACAGCUAGAGGUGGAGGAGGAGGAGCGAAAGCACAAUGAAGAGGAGAGACGGAUUCUGGAAGAGACUGUAACACCCCUCAAUCCCACCAGUUUGUUGAACCAGCAGUCUGGUCAGACAGACACGACUUCAUCAGCUCCAGAAAGCAACAAGACAGAGCAGACAGAUGUUGCCCUGCAGAAAAACAGCCAAAGCAUCUCCACAGGAAACGAAGAUCAGCAUGAAUCAAAGCUGCAUUUUUUCCAGGAUUCUGUGUGUGAUGGUGAAUCUUCAAAGAAACAGGAACUGUGGAAGACAGCAUCUUUAGACCGCAACCCUCAACUAAACCAGGCACAUGUUGUUAAAAGGUCUGGAUCGCAUGAUGUUGUAACAGGAAAACAGCAGUCCUCCUCCUCCUUACCCUCACCACAGCCUCCUUCACCCAGCAGGUGUGUUAGUGGGAAGAGACUGUGUUCUGGUUGUUCCCAGCCUCUGGGAAAAGGAGCUGCCAUGAUCAUCGAUACACUGGGACUGUUUUUCCACAUACAGUGUUUCAAGUGUGGAGUGUGUGGCGGGCAGCUGGGUGACGCCACUGCAGGGACUGACGUAAGGAUUCGUAAUGGACAUCUGAGCUGUCAUGAGUGCUAUAUUGCAACUCGGGAGUCUGAGCUGAAUUCCUCUCUGUGUUAUUGCCUCUACCUGGACACGUCACAGCGUCUUCAUCACUCAGAGGAAUAG